UCCGCUCGGAUCAUUUGACUCCAGUCCAGCGGAACCGAGCCCGACCCGAGACCCUGAACACGGACGCACGUGAGGAGUUAUACGGCAAACCCCUUCUGAUCUGAUCUUUGGAGCUUCCGAUGAAUUUAAACGUGAAUGCAGGCGUGUUUUUAAUGAAGGCGGUGUUUAUGGUUGUUCUUUUUUGAAAUAUUGCUCCUGAAACCUGUAAGAUCACGCGUGUCUAAAGGAUUUUUUUUUUCUUGAGAAAAACAUCGAUUCAUUUACAACGAUGCUCGUGGAUUUGUAUGUCACGCAUAUUUUAGGAAAUAUUAAUACACGCAUGACUGCGAAGCUAUCGGUAAGAGAGGCGUUAAUAAAGGUGAAGGUUUGAAAAUUAAUUUGUCAGGAAUACAAAUCAUACUCUUCCAUUUUAAAAGGAUCACGUAAAUAUUUAUAUAAUCUAAUACAUUAAUCUGUUGUUAUAUUGCGUUUUUCUGGGAUUGAAUAUAGCACUAUGUUAGAUCUGUGUUGAAUAUUUAACCCUAAGACUGUUCCUCUGUGAGAGUCAUGAUGGCAACACAUUGUCCUAAUGAUGACCUGAGCAAGAUCUCCGAUGAUGAACUGGUCAGAUGGAGCAAAGAGGACUUGAUCAAGAGACUGAGAAGGGCUGACAGUGAGAAGAUGAACCUAAUGCUGGAGCAUGGGAACAUGAUGAAGGACGUCAACCGCAGUCUGCAGGUGCACCUCCAUGAGAUCCGUAAUCUAAAGGAGAUCAACCAGAAACUGCAAGACGAUACCCAGGAGCUCAGGGAGCUCUGCUGCUUUCUCGAUGAUGAUCGGCAGAAAGGUAAGAAGCUGUCUCGGGAAUGGCAGAGGUUUGGGAGGUAUACGGCCAGCUCCGUGUGGAAGGAGGUGAGCACCUAUCAGCAGAAACUCAAGGAGCUGGAAGGCAACCAGGAAAACGUCCUCCGGGAGAAUGCAGAACUAAAGGAGAUCAUCCUCAUGUUGGAUGAAGAUAGGAAUGGCGCCGGAUCUAGGAGCUCUAUAGACAGCCAGUCCAGUCUGAGCAACCUGAAUGGAGGUUCGAGCAUUGUCAGAGAUGUUGGCGAUGGGAGCAGUACCUCCAGCGGUGGAAGUGCUGGCAGCCCAGACCAUCAUCAUAAUCAUAUACACAAGACUGUAGAAACCAAGAUUGGCACAAUAAGACGCUCUAUGGAUGAUCUCUCGGCUCCACGUCAUCACAGGAGCAUCCCCAAUGGACUCAAUGAUGCAUCCUCAAACUACAUUCGCCAGCUAGAAACCAAGGUCCGGAUUCUAGAGGACAAUAACAACAAACUGCUGUCACAACCCUGUAGCCGUUAUAGCUUAUCAAAGCUGUCCAUGAAGCGUAAUCUGGGAGACCUGCGAGUCCUGCGGAAGGGCAUGACCCUCUACCACUCAGAAUCACAGCUGUCUUCACUCCCCCAGAGGCAGGAGGCCCUACUGAAUGGGACUGGAAGGCUACAGACCAGUGAGUCGUCUCCUUCCACCGGGUUUGUCUCAUCUGUACAGAAACCUGAAGCUGUGGUUCGUGCCAUGAAGGUUCUGGAGGUCCACGAUAAUCUGGACAAGCAGCUUCCAGAAGAAAGUGAAGAAGACCUGAGUGAGAAAGAGAAAGCCAUAGUGCGAGAGAUGUGCAAUGUGGUGUGGCGAAAGCUCGGUGACACGGCAGGAUCAAAGCCGUCCAUCCGACAGCAGCUCUCUGGGAAUCAGUUCAAAGGUCCUCUAUAGCAGCUCUAACACAUGAGGAACAUCUCUCCUUCUGUUCAGCCACCAUGAAACUCCAGCAGGGCCAAACUGAGAAACUGCUCACGGCAACAGCGGGCGAACACAAGCGCUUCCAUCCACUACCAUCAUCCAUGUCAAAUAAUUUGGAGUCCAACUAUUGCCAUUGGACCAUUGGAUAUUGGACCACUAAACACCAGUUUACAGAUUUAGUGAAUCAGUGAAUAUGUAAAGCAAUAAUCCACAUUGAAAUGACAUUGACUAUUAAUUAUAAUUGUUCUUUGUUGCUGAAAUGGAUCUCAUAUUAAUUUACGGCCUUGGCCCAAAUGAUGCAUCUUUGAUGAGCUCUUUUACCAAUUCUGGACUACGCAGUUGACAAUUACUCUACGGUCAAUGUAGAUUCAGAGAAGAAACUGGACCCAUGAAGUGUUUGCGACUGGCAGCUAGUCAUGUUCAGUCAGCUUGCUUCUUCUUUUUUACCUCAUAUUUUUGUUUUUGCUUAACAGUGAUGUCAGAAAACUCAUUAUUGUUUCCUUACACCCUUUUAGACAAAGUUAUGUUGAUCAAACUGUGGUUUACUCCUUUCAGAGCGAUACCAGAUAAGGCUUACUCUCUCCACUGUGUUCUGGUGCCCUUCCUGUGCAAGUAAUGUACAGAAAUGACUCUGAAAGACGAUGUAAAAUAUGUACAAGUCACUUUAUUAUGUCGUCUUUUUAAGUGUUUUGACUUUUUCUAGUAGCUGUUUUUAAUACGUACCAACUUGACAGUGUAUGGGGUUUCUUAACAGCGCAACACUUUUUGGACAAUGCACCUCAAGACACAAAAGCAGCACAAAACAUGCUGAAUCUGAUUUUUCCCUGUUCCUGUAUG